UGAAAUUCAACCCGAGACGCUGUCUACCCCCCUUAAUAUUAACCCUUCCAUUCUUCUUCGCCAUCUGUUCUGUAGUCUGCUCAGCCGCCGCCUCCUGCAGUCUGAUCUGCUCAGCCAGUGCUCUCUCUCCCCAAAUUUCUUCACUUCGUUGCUGCUUACCUUCUUCAACUUCAUUGGGUUUUCUGGAUUGGCUCAGAAAUGAGAAACCCCAAAUGAAAUGCUACUACUUUUGUGGCUGCUAACCACUCCAACUACACAGCUAAGAGGGUUAAAGAUCACAGCAAUACCUUUUUGUUUCUAACAGAGCCUUCCUUUGGGUGCGUGACAUUUGAGGGUUGGAUUUUGCACACAUAAGGAUGGGGAGAAUGAUAUUGAAUAAUGCAUUGAGAUCGAUAGUGAAUGCCGAGAGAAGGGGGAAAGAUACGGUGGAGUUGAAACCUAUAUCCACAGUAAUGUCAUCAUUCCUCAAAAUCAUGAAAGAUCGAGGUUACAUCAAGGAUUUUCAGAUCUUUGAUCCACAUAGAGUGGGGAGGAUAACGGUUCAACUACAAGGCAGGGUUAACGAUUGUAAAGCUCUUACUUACAGGCAGGAUGUAAAGGCAAGAGAUAUUGAAGAGUACAAAAAGCAAACCCUUCCGACCAAACAGUGGGGUUAUGUUGUGAUUACUACUCCCGAAGGUGUGUUGGAUCACGAAGAGGCUGUUAAGCGUAAUGUUGGGGGUCAGGUUCUUGGCUAUUUUCAUUAGAUGGGAAGGGAGAAAUGUUGACCUAUACGACAACAUCCCGACUUCACCAACAUGGAUUGUAGUUUUGUUUGCCUCAAUUUCAACCGAUGUGAAUCUUGUGUCAUCUUAUGAUUUAGAUAAAUGGUGGAACAGGAUCACUCCUCUUGAAACCGCGCUCUUGUUUGUUACAAAAAAUGUAGCAGCAUUUACGGAACCACUCUAUUACUCUUUUAAACCUAAUUUGAAGCAUAUCUUCCU